CGCAGCACGCACGCCAAGAGGCUGAGCAUAAGCAUGCUGUCAGAAAGAAAUCACAACUUCACGCGCUGACAGAGAGAUAAACAUGUGCUGUACACGAGCAGCGGCAUAAGACGGGUUUAGGUUAUCCAAGUUAAAGUCGAGUGUGUGUGUUUUUUUUAAAAAAACACUUGAUUUAAAACCUUGAACAAUGAAAGAAAAGUGUGUGGGCGCACUUUUGUGCUUCGUGUCCUUUCUUAUAGGCUCCUCAAGGGCAACUUUCAAUCUUACUAUCCUACACACGAAUGAUGUUCACGCUAGGUUCGAACAGCUGAACAAGUACGGGGGCAGGUGUCCCUCUGAUAAGGCCACAGAGGGCAAGUGUUUCGGCGGUGUCGCUCGACAGAUGACAAAGGUCCAAGAAAUCCGACAGAAAAACCCAAACGUACUUUUCCUUAAUGCAGGAGAUUAUUACCAGGGGACGCUGUAUUACACGAUUCACAAAUGGCGAAUAGUGGCCGAUUUCAUGAACAGACUUGGACACGACGCUAUGGCCUUGGGAAAUCAUGAAUUCGACGACGGUAUCGAUGGCCUCGUCCCUUUUUUGGAGAAUGUGUCGUUUCCUGUUCUGAGUUGCAAUAUUAAUUCAACUCUCGUCACCAGUCUCCACGGAAAGAUCAAACGGUCCAAAACGGUAAAGAUUAGCGACCAGACCAUUGGUCUGGUAGGCUUCACCACUAAAGAUACAGCCGAUAUCGCUAAAGUGGGAGAUCUGGUGUUUACAGAUGAAGUGGAAUGUUUACAAAUGGGAGUCUACAGCUUGAAAAACAGAUACAUCAUAGGUAAUCCACCCUCGUCAGAAGAAGCAGAAGACACCUACCCGGUAGUAGUGGAAAACCUGAGUGGUAAUAAGGCUUUAGUCGUUCAAGAUUAUGCAUUCGGAAAGUACCUCGGGUACCUUCAGGUGGGCUUCGAUAAUAAAGGUCGUGUGAUGUCGUGGAAUGGGAACCCCAUUCUUCUUGAUAAUGAAGUAGAAGAAGAUUCAUCAGUUUUAAAGGCACUUGCUCCCUACACAAAAGAAGUAAUAGAGAAAGGAAGAAAAACAGUGGGGCACACUAAAGUUCUACUGAGGGGAGACAGAAAGGUGUGCAGGAUGAUGGAAUGUAACCUAGGAAAUUUCAUAGCUGAUGCUGCCGUCCACCAGUACAUCAACGCCCCUAGUGGAGAUAAGUGGAGCAGAGUGGCCAUUGGUAUAUGGAAUUCUGGAGGAAUCAGAGCAUCCAUCGAUGAAAUAAUCAAUCAAGGUAAAGUAACCAUGGAAGAUGUGCUCUCCGUGUCACCAUUUAGAAAUACCAUCGACAUCGUGGACUUGUACGGACGUGAUUUAGUCACAUUACUAGAACAUUCGGUUUCCGAAUACGACGAAAAAGCACAGGAUCCCCCAGGUCGAUUUUUACAAAUUUCAGGAAUAAGAGUGACGUAUGACAUACACAGAUCGCCUGGAAGCAGAGUAGUGGAUUUAAAAGCGAAGUGUACAAGUUGCCGCAUUCCCCGAUACUUGCCUGUAAACGAGAGUGGAAUAUAUAGCGUUGUCAUGCCGACCUACUUAGCAAAAGGAGGAGAUGGCUUUGCCUUCAUUCCACAUAAAGCAGUAAAACUUCACAACACAGGGGACCUUGACUCAGACUUGAUUGUAAAGUAUAUUCAGAAGACUACUCCGGUGACUCAAGGCCUCGAAGAUAGGAUUACAUUCCGAUCCAAGGGGAAAGACUGUAAUGCCACGAGCAGAAUAAUCAACAGUAUUCUUCUUUCAUCUUUACUACUUCUUUUUCUUAAACAAAUGUAAAAAUUGUAUACCGCGUUUAAAAAUAUAUAUAUUGAUAGUUUUAUUCUUAGACUUUUACUUGGGUUACAAAAAAAAGCUGAUUUAUAUUGCACAUUUGUUUUAUUCCAGUCGAAGUAAACGAAAACCAGUGACGUUUGUGUACAAAACUAGCUUACUCUUUGUGACAGUGAAGAAAAUAAUGUAUAUAAUUAUAUCCACUAUGAGCGUCUUUACAAUAAGACCUUCAGAAUUGUUGCAUCACUAAAAACACCUAUAAAUCAAUAGGAUUUUUCACUAUAAGUAAGCUUUUUUGUCACGUUAACAGAGAAAGAAUUUUGUUAUAAUUAUCAAGAUGCCAAUCAUUUUUAGCACGUACUCCUUGUAAUAUAUAUUGUAUAUUAUCACAUAAAUUCAUUAUGUAUUCAGAGUAAGAUACCUUUUCACUUUUUCUGAUUGAUUCCACAGACUAUUGAACAGGACUUCACUGUAAUAAAUGAUUAAAUCUCCGAAUUAUGCACGAAAAAUAAAUUAAUACGUAUGUCACAAGUUUAAGAAAUAUUGUCUCUCUCUAAACAGAAA